AAGAGAAGAAGAAGCAAAGCCUGGCCUAAGUCGAUUCGGAAGCUGCGGCCGUGCGAAAUGCAAAUUUGUUUUAAAACUUUGAUAUAAAUACGCGUCCACUUGGCUGAUGUUAGUAUAGUUACCUUUGAUACCUCAAACGCGCAACACAAAAACCUAAAAAUGAAAUUCCUGAUCGUCUUCGUUGCGCUCUUCGCCGUCGCCCUGGCCGCACCCGGAGAUUCUGAAGCACAAGUUUUGCGCAGCGAUUCCGAUGUUGGACCCGAAUCCUUCAACUACGCCUACGAGACAUCAAAUGGAAUUAGCGAGCAAGCAGCAGGUCAGCUGAAGAACAUUGGCUCAGAGAAUGAGGCUAUUGCCGUCCAGGGUUCCUACUCCUUCGUUGCCGAUGAUGGUCAGACCUACACAAUCAACUACGUUGCCGACGAGAACGGUUUCCAGCCCCAGGGCGCUCAUUUGCCCGUCGCACCCGAAGCUUAAGAAGCGAUGUUAAAACUUAAAUAAAUUGAAUGUUGAUCUAAA